GAGAAUGCAAAUCUUGUUAUUAAAGGAAGGGAAAACCAGUACAACACCAUCUUAUAUCUCUUAAGUACCUUAGACCUUUCAGGGAACAAAUUAUCUGGAAAAAUGCCAGAAGAACUUACAAGUCUCGAUGCAUUACAAUCGCUGAAUUUGUCAGGAAACUAUUUGAGUGGGAGCAUUCCAAAAAAGAUUGACACUAUGACAGCGUUGGAAUCUCUUGAUCUUUCAAGGAACCAAUUGUCUGGUCACAUUCCUUCAGGCAUGUCAAGUUUAACAUUCUUGAGUUUCUUGAACUUGUCAUGCAACAACUUGUCUGGACAAAUUCCAACAGGCACCCAACUGCAAACCAUGGAUGCUUCCAGCUUUAUUGGCAACAAAUUGUGUGGACCGCCACUCCUCAUAAAGUGUAGAGAGGAUCAUGUGACAUUGAAUAGAGAUGCAAGUACUGAAGAUGGAGAAAGACAAGAUGAUGAAUAUUGGUUUCGAUUGGGCAUUGGAAUGGGGUUUGGAGUGAGCUUUGGAGGUGUCAUUGUUCCGCUGCUGGUUUGUGGAUUUUGGAGGCGUGCAUACUUCUGGUUUUUCGAAGAAUAUUUGUGGUACAAAUUUGUGGAUUACUUUAUGAAAGUAAAGUACAUGUUUUAAUAUUAUUUGGGUCAAUCGUUGUUUAAAGGCUUUUUUAAUAAAAUAGUGCUAAGUUCAUUUUCUUAGUCCAGUGUUGCCAACUUGCUAGUCUCAAUCUUUGUUUUGUUUAGCCUCUUCUAAUUUAUCUUGUUUUAUUGGU